UUUCGUUUUCCAAACGUCAUAGCUUACGAUACAACUUCCGUGCUUUGUAGUGGAGUAGGCUACAUAACACAUGCGGGAAAUUUGUGUUCUAGGGAAAUAUCAUACAAAACGUCACAUCUUUAGAAGACUUGAGGUCGUCGGGCGUGGGAUAGAGCAGCAAUGGACCCAUUAGAUUUCCUAACGCAUGAGGAGUUACUGCGAGUCUUCCACCGUAAGAAGACAGAGAUGUCGUGCAUAGACCAACCGCACAUCUUCCUCAGGCAGUUACGAGACCACGACCUUGUGUCGGAGAAGCUCUACCAGAGAGUGGAUAGGAUGAAGACGAAGGAGCAGAAGAUCAAAGGUGUGUAUGAGGUGCUGGACAGUCUGGAGGUGGAACAAGCAGAUCGUGUGAAGACCUUCUGGGGGUGUGUGUUUACAGACCACAUCCUGCAUCAGUACCCCACUCUCAGACUACUGAGGAACAGCCUCAUGGACGGGUCUUUCUCAGUCAAUGAAAGUCAACCAGAGAUGGACAGACUGGACAAGAGGAGGAAUACGGAGGGAAAGAAUAAAGACUUAAAAGAAGCGAAGGUGAAGAAGAUGAGUAGACAGAAAAGGAAAGAGAGCAGCACUAGCGGAAGGGAGGAAGGAGAGGAGGAGGAGGAAGAUGAUGAUGAUGAUGAGGAGGAGGAGGAAGAUCAAGCAGGGACUUCUAAAGUCACAACCAGUCAGAAGAAGAAGCUUCAGAAACCCAUCUACUUGCCAGACUCCAGUGAAGAAGAGUACCGCAGCAGUAACCAGGAGGAGGACAGAAGCGAGGGAGACCAGAGAGAAGAGGGGGGAAGGAUGGCAGAGGACAGAGACGACAGUAGUAACCAUGGCAACAUGGAUGUGGACACAUCCAUGUUUGAUGGAAGUACUCUCCCUGUCCAGUGUGGGUCUGUCAUUGGAAGACUGCAGAAAGAUCGCUUUGCGUCUGGAACCAUAGGAAAGUGCAUCCGCACAGAGGAGAGCUGGCUGACCCCAGCAGAGUUCAUCAGGCUGAACCCUGACCUGAGAGAUGGAAUGUGGAAGAGAGACAUCACCUGCAGAGACCAGCCCCUUGCCUACCUUUUACAAAGGAAGAUACUGCAGGUUCACUCUCUGCUAUGCCCGUGUCCUCUUUGCAGCCAGGCUGAGUCAGAGCUGGAACAGAGAAAUGAUGACUACUGUUUCAUCUGUGGAGAGCGAGGAGAGCUGCUGUGUUGUGAUGGGUGUCCCAGAUCCUUCGACAGAGACUGUCACUUACCUAGUCCUCUACCAGGAGAUGAGUGGCUGUGUACAUUCUGUGUUUUGAAGAAGAGUAAUGAAUGGCGCUACACUAGUCACAUGACCCAAAGGCAGGUCCUAGACAGCAGAAUCUCGGACUGUACGCUGCAAUGCCAGUACCUCCUGCUGUUUUUACUCAAUGUUGAUGAGGAGAAAACCUUUACCACUGAUCCCUGCUCUACUGCAUCAGGGUACUCGUCAGUGGUACCGAGGCCCAUGUGGUUGGAGAAGGUGAGAGAGAACCUGGACGGUCGCUACCGUCUGGUGGGAGAGUUCAUCUCAGACGUGCGGCUCAUCUUCAAGAACUGUGCCAUCUACAACAGGAACACCUUGAAGUAUAAAGAACUGGGAAUGCGACUCAGUGACGUGUUUGAGAAAGAGUUCCUCUGCACCUUCAACAUAGAAGAGAGAAGUAUGGAUAACAGAAUGAAGGGAAUGAUGAAGAAGAAGGAAAAGGAUAACACAAACACCGGAGUUCUCCAGAGCACAAGCAAUCUACCCACCCUUCUACCUGCAAGGGCCCCUCGUCAGAGCAAUAGUGCACAGAGGAGCUGUGAAGCCUGUACUGAAGUUCCUGACUCCAGCCACUGGGUCCUGGUGGACCCUGAGGUCUCCACAGAGAAAAGGGUUUCAACCUGCAGCCUGAGCUCUCCUGCAGGGAGGUAUGAGUGCUCCGAGUCUGGUCUGCGCUGGUCGUGCGCUGGUCAAGUCACCCUGCAGUACUGCUUCGCGGACUGGCAUCUCUUGGCUGGAGAGCUGCCUAACAUGCAGUACAGACCAGCUGGCCCCUCGAUGGAGAUCAAGCUCAUCUCAGGAGAGCUGGAGGAGAUCCACCUGCCACAUUUCCUCUGUUUGGGAGGUAGUCAGUCCUGUCUGAAGGAUGCUGUGAAGGUUCUGCACAAGCAGGACAGUGGAGUGUGUUUGGAGAAGUUUGAGCUGAGUCGCUUCCAUGCCAGGCUGGUGAACCCCUCCUUUUCUCUUCUUGGACCUUUCUACUCUUUGAUGUCGCUCAUGCUCCCUGGGGAGGAGAGGGAGCACAUGAAUAUCCAUGCUGAUGUUCAGGUCUAUCGGAGCAGCACCUCCCCCCUCAACUUCCGCUUGUACCUCCUGCCAGAGGAUGCCCAUCUCAGAAAGUUAUUGAUGGACGAAGAGGAAGGUUUCCGAGGCUUCAGACUCCCUAGGCCCCGACCUGUGAGACCUCUUCAGAUGCAUGAGUUCUAUGGUUUUUAUACAACUCCAGAACCCAUCAGAAUUUAUCCAGUAGAGCUAGACCUCAGAGUCAGCAAUAUUGGCCCUAACUUCGCAGAGGUUCGUAUAGGUGAGGCUGGUGACUUUAAAAUUAAGCUUAUCAGCUCUGCAGACCAACAGACAGUUUGGGAAGCAGACAUCACGAGAAGCGAAUGCUUUUGGACCAAGCCCCACCAGAGUAGUGACAACAUAUCAGCUGCUGAGUUCCUCAAAAGGCACCAGGCAGAUCUUGUUCAGAAGGUGAAGAACGUGAUGCCGUUAGCAGAUAAGUUGCUCUCACAAGGCCACAUCAGCGCUGACAAUUAUGCAGACAUCAGAACAGAACGCACUGACCAGGACAAGAUGAGAUGUGUGUUUAAGGUCCUGGAGUCAUGUGGGGAUAGAGGGAAGCGCGUGUUCAUCACAAACCUUCAAGAGCAACACUCUGACCUGCUGGAGGAGUUGGGCAUGCCUCUUGGAUGGGAAUAUGAAAACCCUGUUUAGCUAUUUUCAUUUGUAAUUCUGUAACUUUGUCUGUACUCAUGCUCAGAAGGCCAGCGAGUCAAACGGUUGCAACUUAGAAAGCAACAAUGCGCUAUAACGCUUGCUAGCAAAGUUUCCAGCUCAUAGUCUAAAGCCUUGCCUUGCAAACACCACCACCAUAGGUCGAACACCAACAACAACAACUUUUACUUAAAGCAGCACUAAGGAGUUUCGGUCGAAAACUAAGAAUCUAACUCCUGAAAAGGCAUGCAGAAACCUUUCAAACACCAACAACAGCACAAUUGCCACUGAUAAAAAGCUUGCUUGCAUGUCAUGUCUUGGCAAUGUUGUUGCCAAUGCUAUGAAACCUUUUUUUUCCCAUUCUUGGGGUGUGGUCCAAUCCAGACCACAGAACUGCUUAGUUUUAAGCCUAGACGGCUAGUUGGAACGACAGGUGUGUUUAUCUGUCCUUCACAUGACCAUAUACCAUGAAAAUGAAUUAGAGGAUGAUACCAGUACUAGUUGCUUACAACACCUUGCCUCAGAAAGUGUCAAAUUGUUGCCUUGCUGUCUCAUUAAGAAUACGUAA